AUGGACCAUCCUUUAAAAAUUCGUGAUCAAGUUCGGCGAGCAUAUAUGCAAAAAGGUCCUUGUCAACCUCACCUCAAGCCAUUUCCAUCGACAAAAGUUGGACCUCAAUCAAGAGCAUUCAACGGUGCUUGGUAUGAGGAGUUUCAAAAUUGGCUUGAAUAUAGUGUAUCAAAAGAUGGUGCAUUUUGUCUGUAUUGUUAUCUGUUUAAAUCAAAUUGCGGAGGACAAUCAAGUGGUGAUUCAUUUGUUGGUCAAGGAUUCAGAAAUUUUAAAAAUGGAAAAGCAAGACUUUAUACUCAUGUUGGAGGUCCAUCUAGUAUUCACAAUCAAGCUAGGAAAAUGUGUGAAGCGUUAAUGAACGAAAAACAACAUAUUCAAACAUUUUUUGAAAAACAAUCAAAGCAAGCUCGUAGUGAGUAUCGAAGUCGUUUGGAAGCAGUAGUUGAUUGCAUUCGUUUGUUAUUGCGACAAGGGCUUGCUUUUCGUGGUGAUGAUGAAUCUGGAGACUCAAGUAAUCAAGGUAACUUUCUUGAGAUUUUAAAAUUUCUUGCUGAUCAUAAUGAAGACAUCAAAGCAGUUACAUUGACAAAUGCUCCUGAGAAUUUAAAAUUAACAUCACCUGAUAUUCAUAAAGAUAUUGUGAGGGCUGCAACUUUUGAAACACUUGAUAUCAUUAUUAAAGAAAUUGGAGAUGCGUUGUUUUCUAUUUUCAUUGAUGAAUCUGGUGAUAUUUCAACUAAGGAGCAAAUGGCUGUUGUGUUGCGAUAUGUAGAUAAAGAUGAGCGUGUGAUUGAACGAUUUGUGGGAAUUGAACAUGUGGCUAAUACCAUAGCUGUGUCACUUAAAGGUGCUAUUGAUAAAUUAUUUUCUAGAUAUGGAUUAAGCAUAUCUAAAUUGCGGGGACAAGGUUAUGAUGGGGCAAGCAAUAUGCAAGGAGAGUUCAGUGGUCUUAAAACUCUUAUUUUGAAUGAGAAUCCAUCAGCUUUUUAUGUUCAUUGUUUUGCUCACCAACUUCAACUUGCUCUUGUAGCUGUCGCAAAGAAACAUAUUCUAGUUGCUUAUCUUUUUAGUGUGGUAACUAUGGUGAUAAAUGUCGUUGGAUGUUCUUCUAAGCGUUGUGAUAUUCUUAGAGAAAAGCAAGAUGCUAUUAUUUCUGAAGCACUCAAGUGUGGUGAAAUUUCAAGUGGAAGAGGGCUAAAUCAAGAAACCAAUCUUAAACGUCCCAGUGAUACUCGUUGGGGUUCACAUUAUGCUACAUUGGUAAGCUUGAUUAACUUAUUCUCCCCUAUAACUAAUGUUCUUCAAAUAAUAGUAGACGAUGGCCGAGCAAACUCUGAACAAAGGUUUGAAGCAAGUAAUUUAUUGUCUUUGAUGUUAACAUUUGAUUUUAUAUUCAAUCUACAUUUAAUGAAAGCAUUGUUGGGAAUAACAAAUGAAUUGUCAAAAGCACUACAGAGAAAAGAUCAAGAUAUUGCAAAUGCCAUGAAAUUAGUGAAAAUUUGCAAGAAAAGAUUACAAGCAAUGAGAGACAAUGAAUGGGAUUCCUUUCUUAAUCAAGUCUCAACCUUUUGUGCUAAAUAUAAUGUGGAUGUUCCUGAUAUGGAUGAUACAUUUGUUGCCCAAGGUCGAUCACAGCGCAAAACUCAAGAAAUGACAAAUUUACAUCACUAUCGUGUGGAAUUCUUUUUUGUUGUUAUUGAUAUCCAACUUCAAGAGCUAAAUGAACGUUUCAAUGGGGUAAACACUGAACUACUUCUUUGUGCCCUGGUGAUUCAUUUGUAG